AUGCCCUCAAAGCAGAAGACGUUGUUGUUCUUUGCUGGCUUUGUAUCAAGCAUCGCAUCCUUCGCAGUCAUCUGUACAUGCUUGGGGACUGAGCAAUGGGUUACCAGCAGGAUCCAGUUUACAGGAGUGAAUUAUGGAGGAGAAGCAUACGUAAAACUUGGACUGUUUGUUGUCAGGCGCAAUAAGACUAUCACAAGCGGUGUGGCACUGGAAACCGGGGAGAGCUCCAAACAAGUGUUUGAUCUAUUAAAAGAAACAAACAAUGUGAAGAUUGCCCACAUUAUCGUCAUAUUAUUCCUUGUGUUCGGUCUUGCUUGCUGUUUGAUGGGAUCAGUGACUACUUGUUUGAAUAGUGUCAGCAAUCCCUAUAUAACCUUCUUGGGUCCCCAGGGCGUCUAUGUGUGGAGUUCUAUAAAUGGUGAGUGGAUGGUAAGAUAUGAAAUCCUAAAUAAGGGGGUGGGGUCCUGA